AGGAUCUAAAUUAUCUCUAAUCGUCCUAUACCCUUCCAUAGUAAUAAUAAUUUUUUACCAAAAAAAUUGUGUUCAAAAUCGAAUAAAUUUUUUAACAUUACUUAUUGUAUUCUCGGGUUAAUUAUCCUAUAAAUUUGUCAAGUGACUACAAUCUGUGUGUAAAACGGUUCUGUGUUUAUGUAUUUUCAGCGGUUUCUAACACAAUCCAAACGUUUGAGAAGGAGGCGUGGCGAUAUUUUAGAAAAGGUAUUGACGAUUUCAUGGUUUGAGAUUUUAUAGUCGGCUCCUGGAGAACAUAGCCUUGUGUUUUAUUUUAAAAUAAUAAUACUUUGUUGUUUUUUGGUUUUGUUUAAUUUUAUCAUUAUGAUAUUUUUAUUCUUAUUUUUUGGUAUUUCUUUAAAUGUAGAACCUUCGAAUCUUACGAAUUUCGGUAAAUGAGGGUUUCGUCAACCAAUAUAAUAAUUUAUGUUGAUUAAUUUAGUGGUUGUUGUUGUUAUUGUUAUUGUUGUGUGGUUGCAUAGACUAUAGUCACUUGAUGGAACUCUUCAUAUUGAAAAGUAACUAUCGUUCCGGUCAUUGUUGACUUAUUUACUUGAUAUUUUAAAAUAGAUGAAAACAAUUGUAUUACGGUUCUAAUACUUAACGUCAUAGCUAAAACUUAGUUAGUAAACAUUUAGAUAUAAUAUUAGAUUCGUUUAAUUUCGUUAUAAAUGUAUCGUUAUUUUGUAAACAAAUAUAACGUCAUUCAGUAGUUAUCUACUAAUAUAUUAAUUCUUUGACAUUGGUACAAAUAUUAUUGUACUUGACAUAGUAAUGUUUAGAUUUAGGUAAAAUGGCGCACCAUUAAGGCGUGCUGUUGUUGUGUAUUCUCGUUUUUAUAUUACUAUUCCUUAGACUGUCGAUAAUUUAAACAAGUACUAUCGAUCCUAAAUUUUAGGCAAACUAUUUCAGGAUACUGAAACUAAUAGCUGAACACUAACGUCCAGUCAACGUGUUCGUGUACCUAUUGUAAACACUAGAUCGUUGACUGUAUACUGUUUACAUAGAUUUAUUUAUGUGUAAUAAUUACUGUUGUUAUAAUAUUACUUUGCACGAUGCAUGUGACGCAAAAAUUUGCAUGUACUUAUUUUUCAUGGUCUUAUCGACAUUUUGUUACAUAUAAACGUGUUAACGUAUUUGUAAAAUAGAACUGUGGUCGGUCGAUGAAACGACAGACAUUAUACUCUCAAAAACAGCUUAAAACUGUGUUGGCUGAUUGUUAACAAUUUUAUGUUGAUAACGAAAGUAUUUAUCUACUACCGGCCAAGCUUACGUCCAAAUUCCUGGAAAUUCGAUAAUAUUGACCCGAAAGUUCAUCUCGAAAAAUAACUAUUCGCACAGUUUUUUUAUUUUUAUUUAUUUUGUUCCGACAAUGUAAAUGCAUUUAUUGGUACAUAACGUAGCAUUGAAAUAAUUUCUAUUAAUACACAUCUAUGUAUAUAAACACAGUUGAAAAACUAAAAACAUCACUGUAACUACAAAUAUUAAUUUCUAUGAAUAUAAUUAAUUAUUUAAUCGAGUAAGUAAUUAAUUAAAUUUAUUUAAAUUAAUUAAAAUAAUAUACGUAAACAAUGUUUCUGUUUAACAGUAUCAAAAAUAAUAAUCUCUCCAAAAUAUAAUAAUACUUCAUAUCUUCUACAAGGUUAUUAAACUUGGUAAUAACAUUGUAAUGGGUUUAGUGUUUAAAAUUUUUAAAAAAAAUUUAAUUAAAAGGAAACGUUGUUUCGGUGUAAUUUUUAUACUUGAUAUUACACCUUUUUUUUAUCGUUAUUCAUACACGUUAAAAAAAGAUAAAACACGUAGAAUGAAAGCGCUCCCAUUGUUUUUUGCGGAAGCCUUCUUCUUAAUACUCUGGGCAACCGGACGGUUUUUGCAGGUGAUGGAGCUGACAGAUGUAGUGAUUUCAUCUCGAAGACCAUCCGAUGAUUCCAACUCCGAUGGCCAUCAGCCUCAAAAUCAGACCAUGCACUUGCAUCCUGGGUACAGACAACAAAGGUCACGGUCACCGAGCAUUCGGAGAGAAAGAAGAACUCCUUCCCCAACCAGGAGAUAUCAUCUAUCUUCUCAUGGUCAUCACUAUCACCACAGUCAACAUCCUCACGAGGUUGGCUUUAGUGAUACCGUGUCUAAUGUGGUCGAAAUGGUCAAACAAGAGCAUCGUCGACAUCCUAGAGGUUCUUGGUCGGCAUCAACCAGCCCUGUGCGGUCACCAAGUCCAGAUAGGUCCGAGAGCGGUCGAACCUACUACGGUACUACGAGCUUAGAUCAGCGUUCGCGUUCGCCAUCACCAGUAUCAACGACGGGAAGUGGUCGACAGCAGGCGCAGCAGCCGUCUCAACCUUCGGUAAUCAGGCAGCACGCUCACCAUCACCCAUCGGCGUCGUCACAACCGUCGAUGAUGAUGAUGAUGCCACCGCCGUCACUGUUGGUCAAUAGUAGUUACCCAGUGUUAGCCGUAGCCGGUUGCAAUCGCCGCCGAUUACCGGCCACGCCGAAUAAACCGUCGUCACUUCAGUUGAGGCCACCGCAUUCGGCGUCCAUAAAUUUUCCCAAGCUGAAUGCGUCGCCCACGCGUGGUUCACCGGCAUCUCUCCCAAAACCGUCGUCACUAAACCGACAAAGUAGCAUCGCAAUGACCGCCAUGCCUCCAUUGAGCUUUGAACAGGCCAUGUCGAUUGGACGCAGUGGUCGGCUACUACCGUCGCCGGUGCGUAACGGUUUUACAAAAACGAGACGAGCCGCUACGGUGGCCACGGCGUUCAACAAAAGCCGAGGGUCUGGUGGACGUCACAGCGAUUCGGAUGAAGACGAUUGGUGCUAACCCUUGCUGUCCGGUAGCAGCGGCCGGCCCCAACCAACGUCGCCGCCGUCAUCGUUUUCGUUGUCAGGCUCAGCGACACAAUGAAAUCACCAACUCCGCUGCCACCGCCGUUAUCAUCACCGGGUUCAAAAAUAAUGUCGUUAUUGUGUUUUUAUCGUAAUCGUUGUUGUUUUGUUUACAUUUUGUCAAUAUUAUCUAUAAAAAAUAUUUUGUAUAUUUUUUAACUUUUAAUCAUUAUCAUAUUUUUAAUCAUCGAAAGUCACUGGACUUAUUAUAGCCAAUAUAUUUCGCUUGCUUCGAACGUUUUUAUACAAAUAUUUGCAUAAGAUUCAACUCCUUCUUUUGAAUUAUUUUUGAAUUCUAUUUUUAAAGCAUAAAAACUCAUGUCAUAACUAUAAUUUUCUACAUUUUAUUUCUGUCAAAUUUUAAAAUUACCCAAAAGAACUCAAAUGUAAAAAUCGAUUAAGUCAUAACUUUUUUAUUAUAAAAGCGUUUAAAUUUGAAUUUGAAUAGGUUAAACUUAAUUCAAACAAAAAUAUUUUUCAAGAAUAGUUGGUCGAACAAACUUUAAAAUCUUAAUACGAAUUUCGCUUUAGUCCAAAGUACAAAAAAAAAUGCGUCGAUAAUGAAAUGUAAAAAUUUAGAUUAAGCUGUAAUGAAACACGCUUUUUUCAAAAUUUUUUUUGUUAAAUUGGUGAUAAUGAAAUUUACUGUUUGAUAAAUGUGAACACAAAACACAACGGUUGGAUUCGAAAUGCUUUUUGAGAAUGUACGAUAUUAUUGCGGUCAGAUGACCACCGUUUUUAUUUUAAAAUUAAUAUUCAUUAUUCAAUUUUUUUGUACUUAUUUUGAAGUAUUUAUUUUAUAAUAUAAAUUAACGAUCGCGUACAAUGUUUUAAAUAUAUACAAUGUGAUUUAGCGUUGUGUAAAAGUGUAGGCAACUAUGUUGUAUUUCUACUUAAACUUAACGUGUACCUUUCAUAAUAUAUUUUUUAAAAUUUU